CCACGCCCCUUCCGAUGCAGGCCACGCCCCUUCCGCCCCUCGCCCGCCGGGACCGGAGGUACCAUAGAGAGCGGGGGAGGCCGGAGUAGAGUGGCCAGGCCCAGGAAGCGGGAUGGCAGUGGCGAUGGGGCUUCGGCUCCUGUCUCUCUCCCGACGGGCUCUCCGCGGCCCCCGCCCGAGCUCGCUCCCCGCCCGGCGCGGCUAUCGGGGGGGCUCCUCGGCCGACUCGCGGAAGGACCUGCUGGAGAUCCCCUUGCCCCCCUGGCAGGAGCGGCCCAGCGAGCCCCUGCAGGCCAAGAGAGCCCGGCUCCUGUACGAGAGCAGGAAGCGAGGCAUGCUGGAGAACUGCCUGCUACUCAGCCUCUUUGCAAAGGAGAAUCUGAACAGCAUGACUGAGCGGCAGCUGAACCUCUAUGACCGUCUGAUCAAUGAGCCCAGCAACGACUGGGAUAUUUACUACUGGGCAACAGAAGCAAAGCCCACCCCGGAGGUGUUUGAGAAUGAUGUCAUGGUGAUGCUGAAAGAGUUCACCAAGAACAAGAACAAGGAGCAGAGGCUGCGGCAGCCGGACCUGGAGUACCUCUUUGAGCCCUCACGGUGAGGCACGCUGUCUGCUCCGGGAUCCUCUUCUCAUCCCUAGCAGCAGAGGCUGAGGUGCCUACACCUAUUUGGCAGCCUGCAGUGCUGUGGUCCUGGCUCCUGGAGUCCUCUGCCCGGUGGUUGCUUCUACCCAGGUUUCCAAACCCCACUGAAUAAAGUUUCAAGCACUAUCCCUGACCGUGGGAAUUUCUACGUGGAUUUGUCCCACUGUUGUACGGGUGCAGCAGUCCACCUCAGAAGUGGCUGCAUUUCAGUGGCACUGUAUGUAUAUAGCUUGUAGAGCAUCUUGGUGCGAGAGAAAUAGAAGGUGAUAGCAUUA